GGGGAUAUACACAAUUAUUAGGGGUUAGGUACGGCGGCGUACGGAAUUGAGAGAGUAUGAUUCAGUCCCGUUUACCAAACUUAUUGCGGCUAGCCUCCGUCCCUAUUUAAGUUUGCAUAAUACUUAGCGACGGGUAACGUUGUUCCGGCGUGUUUAUACAAUGGGGUAAAAGGUUUUUGUGCUAAAAAAGGCGAAAAUAAGACCCACCACCACCAUUAACCCCUGAAUAUGGAUGCCUAGCGUGACAUCUCGGUCGCCAGAUUCAACUACAAGCCAACAAACCAUUUAUUAAUACCGAUUUAGAUAAAUAUCGAGCCGUGAACAAGGGGAAAAUUCAACAUCUUUCCAUUUUGCAUUUCUUACCUCGAAAGAUCCCAGCGUUGCGUCCGUGGACACGAAUUGCCGCCAAUGGAGUCGGUAGACUACUCAGUGCCCCGAGAGGCUCAAGAUGUUUUUCGAAAUGGCAUUCUAGGAAAUCCCCUAAUAAAAGACAUACCAGCCGAAUUGCAUUCAUUAGGGCAACGGGUCCGGUUUGAGGGAUCCUCUAAACCGAGUAUUCCUAUCAAUUGGCGGUUUGCCGAGAGCAUGGCAGCUCUGAAGGCAUUCGAAGCAACCAUGCUAAACUAUCUUAUCACCCGCAAAUACAAGGUUGCACCGAUAGACGUUACUAUAAACACGGACCAUGCCUCUUUAUUUUUCAUGUCGCCAAUGCUGGCGCGUGUUCUUGAAGACGGCAAGGAAGUGCCCAUCCACUUUGCUGCUAAGAAGACAUUUGAAUUAUUUCCUAGCAGGGAUCUACAUAGAUCCCAUGCCUCGUUUCAUAGAUCUCUUGCGACAAACAUAUACCGAACCAAGGAUGGGCGAUAUUAUCACACACAUGGUAGUAUGAACCCCGAGCCUACCCUCACGGCAUUAGGGUUGUCGCUCGAGGGAAACCCGGAUGAUACCUACGAUUCGGCGGUGGAAAGGAUCCAAGGGGCAGUGACUAAGUUCGACUCAGCAACGCUUGACGAGCGUAUGAAUGAGGAAUAUCGACAGGCAGGAACAAUUAUAUGGUCAUCAGAUGAGUAUUUUACCAGCGAACAUGGUCAGAAGUGUGGGAACGUCGGUCUCUACGAAACUGUCAAAGAUAUCAAUUCGUCCCAACCGGCGGCGUGGUGGCCAGAAAAUGAAAGCUUCCCAUCGUCCCCGCAGCGACCCCUCGCUAGCCUCAAGAUCGUUGACUUGACUAGGGUCAUCGCCGGACCUACCGUUGGUCGAUCCCUCGCUGAAAUGGGCGCUAGUGUAAUGCGUGUCACCUCACCCAACAUUACCGACCUUUCUCAACUUCACCAAGAUCUCAACUGGGGCAAAUGGAACUGCUUCUUAGAUUUAAAGGUUGAAGAAGAUAAAGAAAAGCUUAGAGCUUUAAUUAAGGAGGCGGAUGUCGUCAUAGAUGGCUAUCGACCUGGUAUCAUGGAGCGUCUUGGAUUUGGACGCCAAGCCAUCUUCGAUCUUGUCAAAGAUCGCUCAUAUGGUAUCAUCGUUAUGAGAGAAAACUGCUACGGAUGGCAUGGACCUUGGGCCCAUCGAAGCGGUUGGCAACAGAUUAGUGAUGCCUGCUGUGGCGUUUCUAUGUCGUUUGGGCAAGCUAUGGGAAACGAUGAGCCUGUUACGCCAGUUUUCCCGAAUUCGGACUAUUGCACUGGAGUUUGUGGUAGUACAGCUAUUUUAGAGGCUCUCGUCCAGCGAGCUGAGCACGGAGGCAGCUAUAGUGUUGACAUCGCACUCAAUUACUAUUCGCAAUGGCUUGUCCGUUCUUGUGGGACGUACGACGAUCGAACUUGGAACGAGUUAUGGACCCGAAAUGGGUCUUUGGUAUUCCGCCACUACCACGCCAUGCAGCACAUGUUGCCCAUUAUGAUCGAAACUCUCCAUAAAUACAACGAGAAUACCCUUUUCAACCCAGCCUUCUUCGAAAAUUGCACUGCGGAUAACCUUGGGGCUACAUUUGUUCGAGUCAAGCCUGUCGCACAAUACAAUGACACCGUCGAACUAGGAUAUCACGUUGGCACCCGUGGGAACGGUACCGAUCAGCCUGUAUGGCCUAAAGAUUUGAAAGUCCAAAUUGUAUCUGGAGAAAAUUGAUGUUAUACUGAGUUAUCAUACGAAGUAUAAUGUUUCGACUCGUGCUUACGGCCGGGAGAUGAACACUAGCCGUAUUAUCUGAGCCCAGGAAGGAGCAAUAGGAGUCCAUUUGCAACAAACGGUCCCAAGUGCAUCCAGAUUCGAGAAAAUUCUACUUUAGCGCUCACUAGGACAUGGCAAUUGGCGAACUGCGUCGCAAAUCUCCGAACCACGUUAACCUAAAAGACAUAGACCAACCCUGGAAAUGGAGCCGGGUUGGUUCUCUGACGGUUUCCGUGAGGAGUCCGGAAAACACAAUGGCAAGGCGGCGGCAAUCUAAACACCAUGUAGAAUAUGGAGUUAUAAGGAAUUAUGCCGCCUGCCUGGUGCUUC